CAUGUUCUCAAACUAAUUCAAAUCAAAUCUUAAAAAAAUGGCUGUUUUCCUCAGCUUCUUCUUCUUCUUCAUUUUGUUCUCAUCUGCUAACGCUGCUUCUCCUUCUUCUUGUGAGCAAUGUGUCCUUGCUAAAGCUACUUUCUUUCGUACCUCUAAAGCUCUUUCAUCUGGAGCUUGUGGGUAUGGUCCUUUAGCUCUCAAUUUCUAUGGUGGACAUCUUGCUGCUGCUCACCCUUCUAUUUAUAAAAAAGGUGAAAGUUGUGGUGCUUGCUUUCAGAUAAGAUGCAAGAAAAGUGGUCUUUGCAAAGGAACAGGAACAAGUAUAAUUGUGACUGAUCUCCACCCUGAUAAGACCAACACCACAGAUUUUGUGCUAAGCAGCAGAGCUUACAGGGCCAUGGCUUUACCUGGAAAGGACACACAACUUUUACAGCUUGGCAUUGCCGACGUCGAAUAUAAAAGGGUACCCUGUGUGUACAAACGUAAAAAGUUGGCUCUCCAGGUGGAAAAAUUCAGCAAACCUUCCAACUAUUUGGCCAUCAAAAUCCUCUACCAAGGCGGUCAAACCCCAAUCCUAGGAGCUGAAGUAGCUUCGGUUGAUCAACCAAGUACCUGGGUUUCGUUGAGUCGAAACUAUGGUGCAGUGUGGGACACAGACAAAGCCCCAACCGGGAAACUAACAUUCAGGUUCAUAAUAAACUCGGGCUUUGAUGCUCAGUACUUCUAUACUAAUGAUGGAGUUUUGCCUGCAAAUUGGAAACCUGGUGUCAUAUACAACUCUACUGUCCAAAUCAACAACAUUGGCUUCAUUGGUUGUACUCCUAAUUGUAAACCAUGGAAAUAGACAGUUAUUCACGCGUGCGUGUGUUGAUCGCCUCUAGCUCGAUGUAGUGUUGGCUGUUGUGUGUUAUUGUACGGAGAUUUUAGUGUAGUGAGUUGAAAAUUGUUGCUAAAAACAGCAAGAGAGGGGGUUUUAGUGUUGUGUGUUUCAUGUCUUGUAGUUUUGUUAUAUGAAACUCGUAUUCAGUGUUGAGUUCAAGUUAUGUAAUUCUCUUGCUUAAUACUACUACAAUUACUUCUUUCAAGACCUUAAUUUAGGCUCUGAUCUUUAAACUUAUAAUUAAUUCAAUUACAAAUCCGACAAUUCAUUUUUAUUCUUGAUAA